AUGUCGCGCAGCCGGGCAUGUGCGCGCCCCGCGGGCAGUGACAGGGCGCAGCGCUCCCGAGCGCGCUGCCGGGCGCAGGCUGCCGCCUUCCGCCCCUGCCCCAUCCACGAGGGACCGCCACGCUUCCUGCCCCGCUGCUCGAGCGGGAGCUGCGGUACGCUCUCCCCAGCGCCCGCUGCAGUUUAUGAGCUGCGUGUGUUCUGUGCCUCCCCUCGCACCACACGCCACAGCUGUUCCACGCUCGACACCUGCACAGCCGCGGCUUCGGCCUCUCCAGGUCACAGCCCUCGAGCAAACCUCGGCCCCGGGGAGCUGGGGGGGUUUGGCCCGUUCCUCACGCACCGCCGGGUGUCUCGUGGGGACCAACGGGCACAGAGCCCCGGGCUCCGGGUGACUUCCGAGGGCGGCGGCGGGGGAACGGCACUCCCGUCCCGUCUCGCCCAGGAAGGGAGCGAGGGGCCACACCCGCGGUGCCGGGACAGCCCCGCGCAGGUGGCGGCUGCGGCUCCGCGCCCGCCCUGGGUGCAGCCAGCCCGUUUGGGCUGCGGCCGGGCUGCCCCCAAGGAAAGCUCUCUUAGCUUCUCCGUACGUGUCAGGCUGGUUCCCUCUGCCCCAGCGCUCUUCCUGGAGGACCAUGGAAGUUUGCUGCUUGCAGAGGCUCUGCUGGAGGAAUGUUUGAAGGAAAACUUUGCCAAACUGAAGGACUCCAUUCCCCUGUCAGAGAAGAGUGAGCCCAAACUGAGUGAAGCUAAGGAAUAUCUGACCAGUAUCUUAAGCAGAGGGAAACUAAGACCAAAGUAUAUGACAGAAGCUAUGCUGAUCCUAGGAAAGCUUCAUUAUGUGGAGGGAUGCUACAGAGAUGCCAUCAGCAUGUAUGCAAAAGCAGGAAUUGAUGACCUUUCAACCAAAGAUGAACCUCUGUAUGUGCUGCGUAUGUUAACUGAAGCCUUUGUUAUUAAAGGUUUGUCACUGGAGCGCUCAACCAACUCGAUUGCCUCACGUGCUCGACUGUGUGAAAGGGAGGAGGAAGCCGUGGCUUGUUUUGAGAGGGCAUGUGUUAUUGCCCAGGUAUACUUGCAGGAGCUGGAGAAGACCUUAAACAACACACAUUCAAGGAGCAUCAAGGGCAGCCAUGUGACUUACUCUGAGUUUGAACUUUCCUAUUUUCUGGAAGCAGCUCUACAGAGUGCCUAUGUGACUCAGUUAAAGAAAGGAAAUAUCGUGAAAGGAAUGAGGAGUCUGCGAGAAGUACUACGGACUGUAGAAACAAAAGCUACUCAGACCUUCAAAAUGACUGCAGCCAAACAGUUAGCCCAAGUACUUCUCCAUUCCCUCAGUGAAGACUGUUACUGGAGCCCUUUAUCUGAUCCACUUCCUGAGUUCAUGAACAAGGACUAUCAGUCUUAUGUUAGCAAUCUUCUUUGUCGGAGUCCUGAGCUGUACUCAGAAGAGAAUGUGUACUGCCCUCAAGACAACGUAGAAGAGGCUCUUCUCCUCCUCUUAAUCAGUGAAUCCAUGGCGAACCGGGACGCAGUGAUCAGCCGAGCCCCAGAGCAGCAGGAUGACCGAGCCGUCAGCCUCCAGGAUGCCUCUGCAGUCUACGACCUCCUCAGCAUCACGCUGGGCAGAAGAGGGCAGUAUGUGAUGCUGUCUGAGUGCUUGGAGAGAGCCAUGAAGUUUGCAUUUGAUGAAUUUCACCUCUGGUACCAGCUUGCCCUGUCCAUGGUAGCUUGUGGAAAGUCGGCAUAUGCUGUGUCAGUGCUCAGAGAGUGUGCUAAACUGCGACCUACAGAUCCCACCGUUCCUCUUCUGGCUGCCAAGGUCUGCAUUGGGUCGCUGCACUGGCUGGAGGAAGGAGAACACUUUGCUAAAAUGGUGAUAGACCUGGGUGAGAAUGCUGGAGAAUCCCUAGCAAAGGGUUACCUGGCACUGGGCCUGACAUACAGCCUUCAAGCUACUGAUGCUACUCUAAAGAGCACUCAGGAUGAAUUAAACAAGAAAGCACUUCAGGCUUUGGAGAGAGCACGGGACCUGGCCCCUGAAGAUCACCAGAUCAUCCUCUACCUGUCACUGCAGCUGGCUCUUGUCAGACAGAUUUCAGAUGCUAUAGACCAUCUUCAAGAAGCCCUGCAACUGUGCAAAGAUGACAUGAAUUCACUUCAUCUACUGGCCCUCCUGUUUUCAGCUCAGAAGCACUAUCAGCAUGCACUGGAUGUUAUCAACAUGGCUGUUGUUGAAUACCCAGAAAGCUUUAGCUUACUCUUCACCAAAGUAAAACUGGAAUGGAUACAUAAAGGACCUGAAGAGGCUCUGGUGACAUGCAGACACAUGUUGCAGAUGUGGCAGAUGGUAUACAGUGUUUUACAGCACAGUGGCUCUGAGAAAGGAAGCAGUGUGACUGAAACACCAGUAAUCAAAAAGCAUAAUGGACUGCAUCUCACUCUCCCAGAUGCUCAUGACACUGAUUCUGGAUCACAACGAGCCUCUUCCCUUGCUGCAUCAAGACUGGAACAGGCCAUGUCUGAAAUAACUAUGCAGAGUAGCACAAUGAAGCAGGGACCUGUGAAGCUGUGGACAACUCUUGAACAAAUUUGGCUGCAAGCUGCUGAACUCUUCCUGGAACAGCAGCAUCUCAAAGAAGCAGGCUUUUGUACCCAGGAGGCAGCUAGUCUUUUCCCCACAUCUCAUGCUGUACUGUACAUGCGUGGGAGGCUUGCAGAGAUGAAAGGCAAUUUGGAGGAGGCUAAGCAAUUGUAUGAUGAAGCGCUCACAGUGAAUCCAGCUGGAGUGGAAAUUAUGCACAGCCUGGGCCUGGUGCUGAGCAGACUUGGGCGGAGGGAACUGGCCCAGAAAGUCCUCAGAGAUGCCAUCCGGAUCCAGACCACCAGCCACAUUGCCUGGAACGGCCUGGGAGAGGUCUUGCAAGCUCAGGGGAAAAACGAAGCAGCCAUUGAAUGUUUCCUUACUGCCCUGGAUCUUGAAUCCAGCAGUCCUGUCAUUCCGUUCACCGUCAUACCCAGGCAGCUCUGAAGCUUUUCCCUGCAGAUAAGCACUUUCAUUGCAUGGACAGACACCAAAACCAAGCAGACAAACAAAGAGAAAGCCCAACAGAAAAGUGCCAUUGUAACCUGGAUCUGGGAUAAGUAUUUCCAGGAUGGGGCUCAGGUCUACAGGCUUAGCUUAGACAAGCCAAACUGUAGAAGAAUUUGCAACAGGCAGAAACAGAGAAUGCCUUUUUUCUUCACAGGUGCCUGGCUAACCUCCUGUUCAAGUUAAUAGCAAAGGCUUAUUUCCAAGUGUUGGUUCAAGGUGACUGGAAAAAGACCGUGCUAGGGUACAGCUGUUCAAAGCACUUGCACCUUUCAGUGAUCAUUGAAGAUAAAACCCCCAAGCCCUGAAUUAAAGCCCAGACCUGCUCUAAAUAGGAGUAAAUUCACCAAACAACUUUAAGUUGUGUUUAAAUAUGUGGCUGUCUCCCCACAGAUCUGACAGGACAAGAAUGACAAUUGCACCAAAUAGACAUGCAAUAUAUGCUGUUUACAAAAUUAUUUCAUCUAUUUUGAUAAUCUUUUUUCCUGCCUUGCUUUUAUAUACUGUAUAUGCUCACUACAUUUAGUGUAGCACUUGUCUAGACCAAUUUAAAUUAAAAAUACUUUUUAAAAAAUAAAGCUGCUAUUGCAGUAUAAUUCACAAAAGCAGAAAGACCAAAGAUCAAAUCAGUUCACACUUGGAGUAGUAUGAAAAACACAUAAAUUAUCUCCACUUACAUAUUUAUUGAAAGGCCUUACAUGAAGCAACUAAUUAUAAUCUCUGAGCUUCAUUCUUAUUAAUCACCUAUUGCAUCAGUUUAGUGAGGAAUAUAGUGUUUACCAGUAUAUAGUGACUGAACUCUGUGCUCUACUGCAUUACCAUUCUGGCACAAAACAUUUUCAUAUCCUUUUUUUGAUGAUGCAAAGGAAGGCAGCGGUUUUUAAAGGGAAAGUGUGCUGAAGGCAGUAUGUGUGUAUAUGAAUUGCUUCUUCCUUAGAACUUCAUCUUUGGAUUGUCCAUAGAAAUUUCACAUUAGAGGUAUGGAGUUGAGCCUUCUGUAGCAUCAUUUUGCAUCUCCUAUCAGAUGCAAUAGUGAGGAGCCUCUGAUGCACACAGCCUCCCCAUGGCUCGCACGGCCAGGGAGGGGACACAGCUGGCACAGCUCCUGCUGAGCUGCUCCUCAGCUCUGCGUGACCUCCCCGGGGCUUUGGCAGCGAGGUGUCACACGAGAGCCAGCCCUGCCCCUAGGUAAAGAUGAUGCGGAAAUUUGCUGCACUUUCCUACAAAAAAAAAAAUAAAAAAAUAAAAAAGAGGUUGGGGCUUUGCACCCAUUUUUGUCCAAAGAAGAUUUGUGACUAUUUCAUAAGUAAGUUUGCACUAAAGCACACUUUGUACUAUAAUUGUGCCCAGUAUUGUGAUCCACAACUAGUUUGCUCUGGAAAUAAUAAUAUCCUCAGUCAAUAAAUAAGAUGGGGUUGUUUCUUACAGAGCCUGAGGCUCUGGCAGCAGACUUGAAGUCAGUUUUGUUUACAGUUAUUUGGAAUCUGCAGGCUGAUGGAGAGCUGGGCCCUUGUGCUGCUCCCAGCCCGCUCCAUCAGAGAGCUCCCGCCCCCAGCCUUCCCUCCCAGUGCCUGCACCGAGGGAAGCACUCUGCUCUCAGGUUCCUCGCAGCAGCCUGCUGCACUCCCAGGCCAAUAGUUUUAUUUUUUCCCCUUAAAUGAUGCAGAUGCAAUAGCCCAGCUUAUUUAUCUAUUCACUGAGGGAUUCCAGAUCUGAUCUAGGCUGAUUUCACUCCAGGUGGAAGCAGCUCAGCCGUGAAAGGUGCUCAGCCCGUGGGUUCUCUGGCUUUCCCAUGCCACACAGGCACCCAAAUGGACUUUUUUAGGCCAGGGCAGGUUUCCAAGGAGACGGUGUUCCCUGGCCGCAUUUUGAGCAGCAGCAGAGGAAGGAGUAGGUGUUGAAGCACCAGAAUUAAAGGAGUUUCAUGAAGACAAAAAGAUGCAGCUGAGACACGUUUUGCUGUGAAGGAUGCUGUGAAGUUGGCCCGCUCUGCACUGCAGGAGGGAGAGAGGGAAGGGGACGGGGAGAGAGGCUGUUGUUGACAUAGUAUGUAAAUUGUUACCCAGGUGUUUUAAACCCAGUUCCACAGUCAGAUGCAAUCUGACAAUAGACUUAAGCAGAGAUGUAUUUAGAUAGGUAGAUAGAUACUAUAUUCUGGUGUUUGUCCUGCUCCACAGUUCCCAGGGUGGGAGGAACCUUGUGUGUAGGACACAAAAGAGGAG